AUGACUGAUCUAGGUGACGUUGUUAGUACCGUAGAGUCUAAAAGAUCAACAAUAACCCAAAUGUACAGUGGUAUCGAGCCUACUCUUGCCUCAGCUGGUAUAUCACACAAUAUCUGUCAGGUAUGUGGCGAUCAGAGCUCCGGCAAGCAUUACGGUAUACUUUGCUGUGACGGCUGUUCUUGUUUCUUCAAGCGUAGCGUACGCAAGGGCACACUCUAUACGUGCAUCGCCGCAAAAGGCAAUUGUAUUGUGGAUAAAGCACGUCGCAAUUGGUGUCCAUAUUGUCGUUUGCAACGUUGCCUGGCUGUGGGCAUGAAUGUGACUGCAGUGCAAGAAGAGCGUGGUCCACGCACCCAAGCAGCUGCGGGCAAACAUGUCACCGGAAACUCGAAAAGUUUAACGCUACCGCGUUAUGCAUAUACGCACCAGACGUAUCGUGCACAUUAUGCAACGCUGCAGCCAAAACCACACAAUGCGGCGCUCACCACCGGCAAUGCGGUGAAUUUCCAAAUACUAGCACAAAUCCUAGUCACCUGUCUGCGGCAAGCUAAAUGCAACGAGCAAUUUCGUACACUCUCACCAGCACAGCAGGAGACCAUUUUGAAUGCCGUGUGGAAUGAGUGCUUUGUGUUGCGCGCCUCGCAUUGGUCGCUCGACAUCACGGCUAUGAUUGAUGCAUGCGGUGAUCCGCAAUUGCGGCGCGUCAUCGCUGAGGCGAAACAGCUGCGCGCCGAUGUGAUGGAAUUGAAUUUCCUGGAAACAUUAAUACUUUGUCGGAAAGAAUUGGCCGUUAGCGCGGAGAAUGCAACGCUGUUGGAGAGUUAUGCAAAUGGCGCUUUGGUUUCGCUGGCACGAUACACCAUGCAACAAUCGAACUGGUUGCGUUUCGGCACACUUCUACUGGGCUUGAGACAAUUGACCCAGCGUUAUUAUGACAGUCUACUCUCAUCGCUUUUUCGCACAGUUGUACGAGAUAUUGUGAAGAACUUGUGA